CACCCACACACACAGUCAGAGUAAAUUGAGAGCAGAGUCAAAGCAGCAGCUGAUUCUCUUCUUCAUCUUCAUCAUCAUCAGCUCAGAGGAGAUGAAGAGGAGGAUCCACAAGAAAUACCUGGUUCUGAUUCUGGCCUACACCGGUCUGCUGCUCUUAAUCCCGUACGUGCUGGAUUACCGGGAUAAAUCGGCGGCUCACGGGAGGCUGCAGCCGCAGCAGCAGCUCCGCUGCCCGGAGCUGGAGAACACGGUGGCGCUGCUCUGGGAAAAUAACGGCUCCAAACUCGAGGAGUCGGCGUCGGUGAACCGGAGCGCGCAGACCCGGGUCCACAUCUACCUGCACGCCACCUGGCGGACGGGCUCGUCGUUCCUGGGCGAACUGUUCAACCAGCACCGGGACGUGUUCUACCUGUACGAGCCCAUGUGGCACGUGUGGCAGACGCUGUACCCGGGAGACGCGGGCAGCCUGCAGGGGGCGGUGCGCGACAUGAUGAGCGCCCUCUACCGGUGUGACUUCUCCGUGCUCAAACUGUACGCGGGGACGCAGAACAUCAGCACCUCCUUCAUCUUCGGCUGGAAGACGAACAAGGUGAUCUGCUCGGAGCCGCUGUGCGACGCCCACAAACGUGACAACGUGGGUCUGGUGAAGGAGGACCAGUGCGCCAAGUGUCAGAGGAGAGACAUCAGGGACCUGGAGCGCGAGUGCAGGAAGUACCCGGUGAUGGUCAUCAAAGGAGUCCGGGUUCUGGACCUGAGCACGCUCCUCCCUCUGAUGAAGGACCCAGACAUCAACCUCCAGAUCGUCCAGCUCUUCAGGGACCCGCGCGCCGUCCACAACUCCCGCCUCAAGUCCAAGCAGGCGCUGGUAAAGGAGAGCAUCCAGGUCUUGAGGAGCAAGAAACAGGCCGACAAGUACAAGCGCCUGCUGUUGCCGAGCAACCGUCUGAACCGUGCAGAGAGCUACGUGUCCAGCGCCAUGGAGGUCAUCUGUGACAACUGGCUGAGCGACAUGACACUGGUGACCAACGCACCGCCGUGGCUCAAGAGGAACUACAUGCGACUGCGCUACGAGGACCUGGUGCUGCGCCCCCUGCAGGAGCUCCAGAGGCUCUACCGCUUCUCCAACCUGUCCUCGUUCCCCGCGCUCGACAGGUUCGCGCUGAACAUGACACAGGGGCGGGGCUACUCGUCUGACAAACCCUUCCUCAUUUCAUCCCGGGACGCCAAGGAGGCGAUUUACGCGUGGAGGGAGCGGCUGAGUGUGGAGCAGAUCGAGCAGGUGGAGGCGUUCUGCAGCGAGGUCAUGAGGCAGCUGGGAUACGACAAGAACAAGCCCGACAAGACCACAUGAGGGCGCCACACCACAAACCACAGGUUACAGGGGCCUGGUAUCAGGACUGAGGGACAAAAAGACAGAAUAAGAAAACAAGCAGCUGGAAUGUCGUCCAGCGGGAGACACUGAGCUUCACUCCUGGGUUGUUUUUCCCUAAGCCGACACCGGGUUGAUGACCUGGAGAAAAUCCAAGUGCAGCCAAUCACAGACGCACGAAUGUGGAGCAGGAAGACGACAACUCAUGAUUACUGUUACCUGGAUAACACAUCUGAAGAAUGUGGGGAGGGGAAGAAAGGGUUGAUCGCGCGGUCACUGUGUCCUUACGGCAGAAAUAAUCCCUCCUCAAAUUUCCUGCACACGCUCAGAGCCGCCAGAACACUCAACACAGUUUUCUGGUUCUGGUUCUGAAACGUACACUAA